AUGACUGAUACUGACGACCUCAUGCACGAGUUGUGUGGCGUGAGUCUCUCAGUCAUCCAUGAUACAUGUGAUACUGCAGUAGAAUUGAUUCAACAUACAAUGCUGUCAGUGGAGCGUGCAGUCCUGGAAAGUGACACCAAGAGCAUUCUGAAGGCCCAACAAGCACUUCAGGAUGGUGAUGAGAUGGUGCCAGUAGUGGCAAUGGCAAAACUCAUUUGCGGUGGUGAAUAUUCAGAUAGUCUUCGAAUACCUCACGUGCAGCAGUUAUUACAGACUAUCGCUCGAUUACGGACUGAAAAUCAGGAAAAAGACGACGAUAACGUGCACAUUUGCAGCAGUAUCGUAUCAGCCUUGCAGAUCUACUUGCUGGAGCAAUGCGACAGCGCAGAGAGCCGUCUUGUGACUGCAUAUGAGGUUAUGUUUAGUGGUGUUGCCUUUUUAAACAUGUACGUUCAGGCGAAUUACACGGGCCCUGCAUUCGAGCAAAGGACUCUUCGUGAUGUGCUCGAUCUUGCUGCGUUCCUCGUGACUUGCUCUACUGAUAGGAGUGACAGCGAGUCGCAUAGCGAUUCACUUGUGUCACUGCAAGUAGACGGUGAAAGCCCAUUCUCUAUUUGCGAGUACCCGCAGUUCUUGCUGAUUGGUCGCUGCUUGCUUCAUUUUGUGGGCAACUACGCGUUCAACGACUGGUCAGUGGCUGCGAACGAAAUCGUGCACGGACAGAAUGAUAAUGAGGUGUCGGAUGAUGUUGUGGAAGGUCCUGCUAAGCGACAGAUUACUGGCGGAGCAGCUGUUCGCGCGCUCGAAGAGCUGCUGAAACAGGUUAUAUCAGCUACGUGGUGGAACGCGCGUGCAGCCGUUGCGCACGAACGAUUGCUACUAUCAAAACAGCCUUCUAACACGCUAUGGUUUGAAGCUCGGCGUGGAUACAUUCAGACAUUGCAGACGAAUGAACUUUUUGUGUAUGAGAAGGUCACGCAAUACUUGCGCGCUCGUGCGUAUGUGGAGUGGGGCUUGGCACAACACUACUUUGACAAGAACAAGCACGGCAAGGCUACGUUUGCACGUGCAAAAGAGAUUUCUGGUGUGAGUGUGCAGCUCAGUGGGUCCUUGGGAAAACGUACUAAGUUUCAGCAAAAAAGUGUAGCUCAGAUGGUGUUGCUUGCGGCAUCGAAGAAAGAGCCUAUAACCGUCGACGACGAAACUUCUGUCUACGUCGCGGCAGUAGCUGAGUCAACUCACGUGGACUUUGGUGGCAAGAAGAUAGAGGCGGAAGACGUGGUUGGAAAUGGCGCGGCGUGUCCUUCUGUUUCACCUGCCAAUAGCCUUACGACCGAAGCGGAGCACAUUCAGAAGCUUGUGCAUGAAGGUGAGGCUUGCUAUCGCAACGUGAAUUUGGAUCAAGUAGAUCAGGACAAUUAUCUCCUGGAAAACACGGAGUUUGAAGACCAUAAGCUCACGGAGCAAGGUAACUUGCAGAUUUUGGAUCAGAUUGUCCUGUUGGGGCUAUGUCUGGAUGUGAAGAACAGCAACGCUAAUGAUGGCCUCACUCGGGAAGAAAUGAUGCCGUACAUAACGCGUGUGCUCGAAAAUCCCAACAAUUGGAUGGUGUACUCCACGGCGCUACUGGAGCGCGCAUGGCUCGAGUGUGAGAGUUCAAAAAGACGUGAACGCGCUGUGUUGCAAAUGCAGGCCCUGGUAGACCAGCAUACCACGCGACUUACGAUUGCACAGAAUACGCUGCAGUCAAUUGUGGACUCAGCGCCAGCUCGUGAGCGUAUGCAGUUUGUGUAUUCAUUGGCUUUUCCUCCGCAAUAUGCUCUUAAGCGCGACCUGGCCGAGCGCUACUUCAAGCUUGGCAUUUUAGGCAGUGCUGUUGAAAUAUGUGAAGAACUGGAAAUGUGGGAUGACGUCGUUAAAUGCUACCAGAUUUUGGACAAGCCAAUGCGCGCCGAAAAGCUUGUUCGCGAGCGCCUGGAGGUUGCCCCCACACCAUUUAUGUGGGUCACGCUCGGAGACCUUACCCAGGAUCCAUCACAUUACGAGACAUCCUGGAGACUUUCGAAGCAGCGGUUUGCUCGCGCUAAACGCUCGCUUGGACGGUACUACUUUGAGGAUGGUGACCAUGAGGCAGCAAUCACGCAUUACGAGGAUGCGGUGCGUGUUGGUCCCAUGCAUACGGGCGCUUGGUUUACUCUUGGCGCAAUCGCGAUGCGUGUGCACCGGUGGUCACUCGCAAUGCGCGCAUUCACGCGCGUGGUACAGCUUGAACCGGACAACGGUGAAGCAUGGGGCAAUCUGGGCUCGAUCCAUCUGCACAACCAGCGUUAUGGAGAAGCCUUUGCAGUGCUGGAAGAGGCGCUCAAACAAAAACGUCACAUGUGGCAAAUGUGGGAAAACUACGCACUGUGCGCCAUGGAGACAAAGCGGUAUGGCGAGGCCAUGUACGCCAUGCACCAGCUUUUAGACAUGCGCACCAAGCACAAACGCCCAGUUGAUAUCGCAAUGCUGGCAUGGCUCGUGGAAGCUAUUGUGUAUCCGGACUCGCUAAAAAAGAUGGAACAGGAGGUUGAUACUGAAGAUAAUGCAAUUGGUCAUGCUACUACCGACGAUAAAGACUACAUCGAUCAAAUUGAUGGCAAUGACGAUUUGAUGCAGCUAGACGAAGUAGCAACAGCCACGGACUCGACUCCUCCGCGGUCUGAUUCACACCACAAGAGACAAUUGGCGAUGCUGUUUGGACGCGUGACGUCCAUCGUGACAAAUGAUGCCAAAGUGUGGGAGGUGUAUGCACACUUUAACAACGGCGUCGAUGGGCGUGCCGAGAAGGCACGUGACUGCCGCUUGAAGCAGUGUCGUGCUUUGCAAGUUGCUGGCUGGGAGCGUGACCAGCAAAAGGUGGAGGAUUUAUGUGUGGCAGUUUCUCGACUGGCCCAGGAUUACCUUGCAGAGGGUACGAAGAAGGCAUUAUGCUCAUGUCGUCUGUAUAUUCGUAGUGUGCUAACCAAAGCACAAGUAAAUUUUGGUGAUCUGGAGACUGUAAAGACACUUGCCGCUACUUUGGAUGAAGUUUAUGCCAUGGAAGCGCAACUUUAG